GAUGGAGCUACUCCAUUGAAUAUCGCCGCUGAGCUCAGUUCAGUGUCAACUGCAAUGAUUACACUGCUUCUUCAACACGGAGCCGACGUCAACGCCAGGAACCGGAACGGAAUACAGUCUCUACACCUUGCGAGCUCCGCUCAAAAAGUUAGAGCUUUGGUCCAAGGCGGAGCCGAUCCAGACGCACGCGAUCACUGGGGAGUUACUCCCAUAGGUUCACAUGCAGCCCUAGGUUAUUUCGACGUCGACGAGAUUAUACGCCAACUUUUUGAUGCUGGCGCCGACAUCAACCUCACAGACUAUAGUGGCGUGACGCCUUUGAUAGCGGCUUCCACGUGGAAUAAUAUGGCAGCCAUCAGGCAACUCGUCGAGCUUGGAACAAAAUUUGACGUUGUCGAUAACUGGGGCAGGUCCAUACUAUUUUGUACAGCCUAUUAUGGCACGUUUGCUCAGAUCCAAUACUUCCGAUCAGUCAAGAUGGAUGGAUUGGAUCCUGACAAUCGUAAUGAAAGUCGCUACAUAUCUCUGGGUGUAUACACAAGAAGAUUGGUGGAUGAGUUGGAAAUUGUGCAAUCGAGGCCGACGCAGGCAGAGGCACUCGCGUUCUGCUCCCUGAUCCUCGAGAUUAGAAGACGAAGCUAGGGUUCGAGACAAUUCUUGGAAACAAAAUCGCGACUGGAAGCGAAUGGC